AAGGGAAACGAUUCAGGCAACCCUUCGAGAGGGUAGAAGGUAGCCGAUUAUUCUUACCCUCAAAUCCAAUUGUGUCCAACCAACUUCCUCAACCUCUCUCCGGACCAACACCGUUUCAGCUCGGCCGAUUCCUUGUCGACUCGGGCAGUCCGGUCAGUUUAAUUCCAGCACUCGAUGAUGUAACCGCGGCCCCUUCUGUCGAUACCGGACUUCGCUGUGCCAGCGGUACCGCCAUCAGGGCCUUCGGAACGGAAAGAAUCAACGUCCCAAUCAAUGGUAGGAUGAUUCCCUUCACUGCCACGAAAGCCAACGUGGUGAGGCCAAUCCUGGGAAGAGAUUUUUUCGCCGGACCUGGAAAGGAUUAUGUUAUCGACAUUGGUGCUAGAAAACUACUAAACAAAUCAAACGGUUUAUGUGAUGAUCUUUUUUUUGAAGACGGCGUGAAAUCGAAGGUCGUGGGCGCUCUUUAUAACAGAGACCAUUUGAACCCGUUCGCUUCUCCGUUUCUUCCAAGCUUUCAACUAGAAAACUGCAAAAGGUUAUCCGCAAGCCUGAUUCAAACAUUUUGCGAUAAGAUGGGUCCCGACGACGGCAACUCGCCAUCACUCUUCUCGCCCAUUCGCAUCGAUACAGGGUCACAUCCUCCGAUAUUCUCCAAAUAUCGACCACUCAAAG